CGCACACCCGAGCGGAAGAGGCAGAUUCAGGAAGCCAUUACGCCGCUGGCUGGCAGCGGCCCUGCCGGUCGGUGCCGGGCCCUACGCACUUUGCGUAACGGGGGGGUUACCAAAGGCCUGGUACUUGGCCUUGGCAAAUUCGGCCUAUCGUAUGUAGCGGGAUGGGUGAGGGGCGAGGCUAAGGAAGAAAUAAAAAAGGGAAAUUGGACGGUUGAAGGGAUUAUAAUUUCUUUAAAAAAGAAGGGUAGGGAGAGGCCAUGGCCGUCCCAGCCAAGAAGAGGAAGAUGAACUUCUCCGAGCGAGAGGUGGAGAUUAUCGUGGAGGAGCUGGAGCUGAAGAAGCACCUGCUGGUGAACCACUUCAACGCCGGGGUCCCUCUGGCUGCCAAGAGCGCGGCGUGGCACGGCAUCCUGAGAAGGGUCAACGCCGUGGCCACCUGCCGCAGGGAGCUGCCCGAGGUCAAGAAGAAGUGGUCUGAUCUCAAGACCGAGGUCCGUCGCAAGGUGGCCCAAGUUCGGGCGGCAGUGGAGGGUGGCGAGGCCCCAGGGCCCGGUGAGGAAGAUGGAGCUGGUGGGCCGGGGCCAGGGGGUAGCAGUAGUGGCGGGGGCCAGGCCGUAGCCCCCGUGCUGCUCACCCCCAUGCAACAGCGCAUCUGCAAUCUGCUGGGUGAGGCCACCAUCAUCAGCCUGCCCAGUACCGCAGAGAUCCACCCUGUAGCCCUUGGACCUACGGCUACCGCAGCCGCAGCCACGGUCACCCUGACACAGAUCCCCACAGAGACCACCUAUCACACGCUGGAGGAGGGGGUGGUGGAGUACUGCACGGCCGAGGCCCCCCCGCCCCUGCCCGCGGAGGCCCCCGUGGAGAUGAUCGCCCAGCACGCUGACCCCUCGGUCAAGCCACAGGCGCUCAAGAGCCGCAUCGCCCUCAACUCGGCCAAGCUGAUCCAGGAGCAGCGCGUCACCAACCUGCACGUGAAGGAGAUCGCCCAGCACCUGGAGCAGCAGAACGACCUGCUGCAGAUGAUCCGCCGCUCCCAGGAGCUGCAGGCCUGCGCCCAGGAGCGCCAGGCGCAGGCCAUGGAGGGUACGCAGGCGGCCCUGAGCGUCCUCAUCCAGAUCCUCCGGCCCAUGAUCAAGGAUUUCCGCCGCUACCUGCAGAGCAACACGUCCUGCCCUGCCCCCGCCUCUGACCCCGGACAGAUGGCCCAGAACGGACAGCCGGACAGCAUCAUCCAGUGAGGGCAGGGGUUGAGCCGGCCUUCCGCUGGGAUUGGAUGACAUCAGGUGGUCUUGUACGUGGGCUCUGCAGCUGGCCUUUGGCGAGGGCCGGCCCCGCGGACAGCCCCCUCUGUAACAGACGCACAGGAGGCCCACUAUCUCUGAGGAAGAAAGGAGCCUGGGAGGAGGAACCUGAGACCCAGACUCUUCCCCCACCACUCGAGCUGCCUUGUUAAGAACCUUGUUAAGACUGGUUAGCUGGGGUCAGGCACGGGGGCGGGGGGUGGUGGUGGAGGGAGGGGCCAUGUGUUGUUGCGAGCCUGGGCUUAUGACAUGACCCAGACUCCAUCUGGGACCCGUGGAAGGAAGGCUGUCCCUGGGGAAUGAUCGCCCCGCCCUCGGGGACCGUCCCGCAGUAAGAGGUUGUCAGUGGUGCCGGCAGUAGCACAGUGAGCGCUCCUUCCUCCCUUGGGAGGCAGAGUGCCAGAGAAACCCCGCCCUUCCUCCUCACGGAGCCUCAGUUCUCAGGGGACUCCAAUGCCAGGCUCUUCCCCACCCACUCUGGGCACAGCAGGGGCCUUUGGUAGCGCCCUGGGCUGCCUCUGCCACACACCUGGGAUAUGCUGCAUGGGGUGGGGGUGGCUUGGCCACCAUCUGGUCUUCCGCUGCGUCCGGGACAGCCCUUUAGGGGUUUGUCCCAACAGCUCUUGACUCAGCUCGAGCUUCAGGCUUUGGGUGCUGGAAGGUUUAGAGAAAGUAAACAGGUGUGGACACCUGUUGCCCACUGCAGUGGGUCUGUGGCGACCUGUUGGCUCCUUCCAGAAGGUUUGCUUCAAGCCAGUUCUACUUAUUCUGUCCAUGAACCCCUCCUGGGAAGACCUCCAGGAUCUCUGAGGGCCACUCUGGCCAAGCCCUUCCUUCUUUCCUCUCUGCUGACCGGACCUCUCUAAAACCCUGCAAGAAACCUGCUCAGCAUCACCCGCUGGCCUCCCUUCACACACUAUUCAGAGACAGUUCUUCUGAGAAGCCCAGUGGCAGGCUGGGCGAGUCCGCAGGCCUGAUUGGCCCUGAAUGUUGAGGUGGGAGCAUUGCUGACCUAAGACGUGGGACCUUUGAUUUCUGUGCUUCGGAAGGACAGACGGACCUUAGAGUCCUAAAGGAGGUGGUGUUCCCUGUUCUGCUCUCUCCCGUGUGUAGGGAGUUUACCCAGAUGGCAAUUGUCUGUUUCAUUUUCAGGGUGAAAUCUACUGAAGCCAUUACUGAGACUGUGCAUUUCUUUCCAGAUCAUUUCCCAACUUUGCCAUCUUGCUGCUGGUGCCUUGACCACACGUGACUGACUGAUGGUUACAACUCAAGGCUCCAGAUCUCAGCCAAACAACUGCCCUGCGAGCACGUGCAUUCAGAAUCGCUCCGCUCCACUGUGGCAGCCACAGGGAGGUGCCCCCACAGACAGGCUCCGCGGAGGACAUGCAGGGCCAGCUGCAGAGCAAGGGAGAGGAAUCAGGCCUGUGAGGGGAUUGGGUGGUGGAAGAAAACUCUUCCCAGUGUGGCUGGAAAGCAGUCGCCCCUGGCAACCUGGACGCCCUCCCUCCCAGGAGCCAGAGCGCCCAGCAGGGUAGCAGUGGGGACUUCGUGAGGGUUUUGUAUUUCGGUUUGGUUUUUCUCUGGAGUUAGCAACCUGAGCCAACAUUGUGUCUGUUCCAAUUGGGUAUAAAGAGGAAAGACUGGAUCACUUAAACAGACUGGUUCUUUAAUUUUAAAUUAAAGAAAUAUCACUUUUUUUUU